AUAAAACUUGAUCAUCUGGUCCCAUCCGUACACUAGAACUCUGUAUCCACAAGAAUGCCGUUGGACAUCGAAGGCUUUCGUAAAGCAGGUUAUCAAGCUAUUGAUCGUAUCUGCGAUUUCUAUUAUAACCUGGAGAAACGCAAUGCGGGAGCUGAAGUGGAGCCUGGGUAUCUAAGGAAGGCUCUUCCUGAUCAUGCACCUGAGCAAGGAGAAGACUUUCAGAAUAUUGCUGAUGAUUACUUGAAACUAAUUCAACCUGGUUUGACGGUUUGGCAACACCCAUCGUAUUUUGCAUAUUUCCCGGUCUCUGCUACAUUUGAGGGCACACUAGGUGACUUGUAUGCGAGCGCAAUACCAAAUCCUGGCUUCAACUGGGAUUGUAGUCCAGCAUGCACCGAAUUGGAAGCCGUGGUAAUGGAUUGGGCGGCCAAGCUAUUCGAACUUUCUGAAGCAUUCUAUAAUGAGGGAGGAAAGGGUGGAGGCGUAAUUCAGACGACCGCGUCGGAUGCCGCACUCGUUUCGGUCGUCGCAGCACGUUCCUCUUAUACACUGUCUCAUCCAGGGAUUGAUCUCAGCAAGCUGAUUAUUUACACGACCACACAAACGCAUUCUCUCGGUGCGAAGGCAGCUCUUAUACUUGGCUUGCAAGUACGAGCGCUUGAGGUGACUUUGGAGGAUGCGUUCUCGCUCAGGGGCGUUACGUUGCGAAAUGCAUUAGAAGAAGACAAGAAAGCUGGACUUCAUCCGUUCGUCUUGAUCGCGACGGUAGGGACAACAUCUUCUGGUGCCGUCGAUGAUCUUCCAGAGAUAUUCGAAAUUGCACGAGAACAUCGGUCCCUUUGGGUUCAUGUUGAUGCUGCUUGGGCAGGGGUAUCACUUGCCUGCCCUGAGUAUAGGAAUAUUUGCCACCUGGAACAAAUCAAUCGAUUUGCGCAUUCGUUCUGCACUAACUUUCACAAGUGGGGCCUAGUAAACUUCGACUGUUCUGGUCUUUGGGUCCGCGAUAGGACAAGUUUAACCGACGCCCUGGACGUCACACCGGAGUUUCUCCGAAACACCCACAAUGAGGAAGGGACGGUCAUUGACUAUCGCAACUGGCAUCUAAGCCUUGGAAGGCGCUUCCGUUCACUAAAACUCUGGUUUGUACUGCGCGGUCACGGCGUCGAGGGUUUCCAGGCGAAUAUACGAAAGGCGAUCGCGCUGAGUGAUCGAUUUGCUGCCCUCGUCCGUUCGUCUACUGAGCUUGCCCUGGUUACGCCCGCAUCAUUCGCCUUGAGUGUCUUUCACGUAAAGGCGCCAGCUGGAGCGACAGACAAGAUUGCUGUGCAAAACGAGCUCACCGAACGGCUUUAUAGAAAAUUGGAAUCGCGUAGAGACAUCAUGCUGACGAAGACAGUGUUGAACAAUAUCUUUUCCAUUCGCCUCGCAGUCGGAUCUGUGUGGACUGAAGAGAGGCACAUUGAUGGUGCAUACGAAGUCAUAGUCCAUGAAGCACAAAGAAUUAUUGCAGAAAAUGAUUAGAUUCAUUCAAUGCAUGCCUGUU